ACACCCUGACGUAGUACCUGUAACGGACAUUCUCACCGCACAUCAUCGCACCAGACAUCAUCUAAGAUGGGCGACAACAACCCAGUGAAGCAGGGAGUGGAGACCUUUGACAAGAAGUGUCUAAAGAAGACCAAUACAGCUGAGAAGAACACCCUGCCAACCAAGGAGGAUAUCGAGCAGGAGAAGAAAGCUGAAGAGGGCUCCAAAUGAAACGCCA